AUGGUAGAUGAGUUUCGGAUUCGUUUCGAUUUGGAUAGACGUUUGAGACAUGACAUUGAUAGAUGGAUCAAGUUUGCAAUUGAAAAGAAAGUCAAGAAACUUGAGUUGAACCUAUCUCGCAGUUUUGGAGCCAAUUUCAGCCAUGAAUCUCGUGUCAUUCAUUUAUAUGGGACCAGAUAUAGGAAUGCCCAUGUUCCCCAACUUGUUAAAUUUUCGAUACAAAGAGCUUUUUCAGAUUAUAAUGUUGAAGAUUUUUGCAAGUUUUCAAGAUAUCAUCAAGUAGGGACACUUGCAUUGCAUUCUUUAGAAGCGAAGAACAAAAUGGAGAUUCUUGAAGUUCCUGUGGUGGCCAAUAUCAAGCAAUUGAAGUUGAUAGCUUUUGUAAGUAGGGACGAAACCUCCCUUCUCGCCCUCACCUCAUUGAUUGAGGCAGCUCCUUUUCUCCGGAGUUUUAUUUUUCAGUUACAAGGGCGUGAAUCUUUCAUGCCAAGAACAAAACAGAAGCCUAAAAGGUGCUUUCAUCAACACCUUAAGAUGGUGGAAAUCCAUGUUUUUCCAGGCAAAACCAUAGAAGACGAGCUUGUGUUGUACAUAAAUGAAAAUGCUAUCAAUCUUGAGAAGAUUAUUUUGGACACCCGCGGUGGACCAUUCAUAGGAAGCUCAUUGGAGUUUGAAGAAAUUAGGAGAAAAAAGGCAGCAACGUAUGCCAAGAAAUUUGAUAAGAUAGCUGCAUUCCCAAGGUCUGCACAGAAGGAAAUCCAAGAAACGUAG